UGCCGGCCUUGGUUGUGAACUCACACUCCCCGGAAAAAUGAGUCAGGCGAGCAGAUUAUAAUGCCAGGAAAGGUUAAUCCCACCCAGUGUGAGGCACUAACUAUGGUCUGUGCUCAGGUCAUGGGAAAUCAUGUGGCAAUUACAGUGGGUGGAUCAAAUGGCCAUUUUGAACUUAAUGUGUUCAAGCCUAUGAUCGCUAGUAAUCUUUUACAUUCUGUGAGAUUGCUUGGGGAUGCAUCUGCUUCCUUCGAAAAGAACUGUGUGAGGGGAAUUCAAGCUAAUCGGGAAAGAAUUUCAAAAUUACUUCAUGAGUCACUAAUGCUUGUCACAGCCUUGAAUCCUAAAAUUGGUUACGACAAUGCUGCAGCAGUUGCCAAGCUAGCUCACAAGGAAGGAAGUACUCUAAAGGAAGCCGCAUUGAAACUUGGGGUGCUUACCAGUGAAGAAUUUGAUAGUCUUGUGGUGCCCCAUAAAAUGAUUGGCCCAUCUGACUGAUAACCCAACAAGGAGUUCCGUUCAAAGGUGUUGAGUAUUAGAAAUCAUUGAGAAGGAAUAAUGAUAAGCAGUGAUUCUAUUUUGUUAGAAUUUGAAACACAUUCUUAGAGGUUUUUCCUCCAAUUGCAUCUUAUUUAUCAGAUAAACAACUUCAGCUUUUGAUGGGGUUAAUAAUGAGAAGCCUCCCUCAUUUUGUAAGGCAUGUUCAUUGUAUUUGAGAAAAUCACAAGCGGCAAUGGAAAAAAUUAGUAUUCUUUUGGAAAAAAAAAAAAA